UCUGAUCUGACGUACGUCGACUUGCUGUCGUCACAAUACCAAAGCAUCCAGCUUCCCGCUCGGAGCUCCCCUACCUCUUGACAAACUGAAACACUCAGACAUUCCUGAAAGCGAGCGCCGUCCUCUCUUACAGCUAGCUUCCUAGACUGUAUGGAUUUCAAGUGAGAGAAUAUUUACGCGUCCGAGUCUCCUCCCACACUCAAGGCACCCACAGCUUCAACCGGGCGUUUGAAGAAAGAAGCGGUCGUUGUCCCCAUACCGACCUAGUUAGCUCCAGACCGCAGCUUCCAGAACCACAACCACAACACAAGACCGUCCGAAGAGUACCGAAAGCGAAACCGAAAACAGAUCACAGCCGAAACCAAUCAACAGCCACAGCGGGCGAACUGCCCCCGACGCCUUCAAUCAUGGGGGGAAUCGACCAAGACAACUUUUCAAACAUUUCAUGGCAAAGUGACCGGCUAGGUGCUGGGAGCUCAGCGGCGCAUCAACAUGGCGGCCAGGAAUCGGAACAGCCAACGCACAACCAAGCAGAACCAGAGCCUAACUACACCAGCAUGAUAGUUCACGGCAUGGGCCUGGGCGACGAGGUGCUCGAGUGCAACGUCUCAAGUCCGCUCAAGGAGAACGAUGGCACCAAGGAUGCUUUUGUAUCGUAUCUAGUAACUACACAUACAACAUUUGCCGACUUUCAAAAACCCGAUGCGUCGGUGCGUCGCCGAUUCACAGACUUUGUGUUUCUGUUCAAAACACUCUCGCGGGAGUACCCGGCAUCUGCCGUCCCACCGCUGCCUGACAAACAGCGUAUGGAGUAUGUGCGAGGAGACAGGUUUGGUAACGACUUCACCUCGCGCCGCGCCUACUCCCUCCGCCGGUUUCUCGCGCGCUGCGCCCUGCACCCGGUGCUCCGUCGCAGCGCCAUCCUGCACACGUUUCUCGAGUCGCCGGACUGGAACGCCACGAUGAGAUCACGAGCCAGUAGGAGCGUCUCUAUGAGUGGCACUUCUAGCGGCGAGUCGGGAAACGCCCACUACGGCGGUGGUUCAGCCGGCGGCGGCAGCACGGGAGGCGGUAACAGCCUGGCCAACAGCGUCUUUGACAACUUUGCCGAUACCUUCAUCAACGCCUUUACAAAGGUGCACAAGCCGGACCGGCGGUUCAUAGAGGUGCGCGAGAAGAGCGACAAGCUGGACGAGGACCUGGCUCACGUUGAAAAGGUGGUUGCGCGGGUAAGCCGGCGCGAGACGGACAUGGAGGCCGACCACAAGGACCUGGCGGAGCAGUUCCAGAAGCUGAUCGUGCUGGAGCCUGGCGUUGAGGGACCCGUGCGCGCAUUCGCCGCGUCAGUCGAGGACACAGCGCAAGGCCUACGGGGCCUGAGGGAGGCUACGGAGCAGGAUUAUCUUGGAAGCCUGCGAGACCUGGCUGCGUACAGCGGGGCGCUCAAGAAUCUGCUCAAGGCGAGGGAGCAAAAGCAGCUCGAUUUUGAGCAGCUGACCGAGUACCUCAACAAGAGCUCCGCCGAGAGGGACGUUUUGGCAUCGGGCGGGUACUCGUCCGGAGGUGCGCUGGCUGGCGCUGGAGGAUUCAUCCGCAGCAAGAUCGAAGACGUGCGCGGCGUGGACCACGAGCAGAGCCGGAGAGAGAGGCUGCGGAAGCUCGAGCUCCGGAUCGAGGAGCUGACGGUCGAGGUGGAGAGGGCCAAGAAGACGUCUGAGCUGUUCGACGAGGAGGUCAUCAGGGAGGUGUCCGAUUUUGAACGGAUCAAGCGGAUUGAGCUCAAGAGGCAGUUUGGCAGCCUGGCACAAUCCCACACGGACUUUUACGACGCCACCAUCGACGUGUGGGAGAAGUACGUCAAGGAGAUGGAAAAGGAGGGCGCCGUGGCUGCUUAGCGACGACCGUCGGCAGUGGUAAUUGACUAUCUAGUUCUAGGUGUUUAUCUUACACUCUUCUCUUCUCUUCUCUCUUCUCUUUUUUUUUUUUUUUUUUUUUUUUU